UUUGAAAACAAAUGUGCCUCCUUUAUUUUUUCCAUCCGGCCAAACACCAAAACGUAAAAAUGAAGAAAACCCUCAAAAAGAAGCAAGGCAUUUCUGGCAGGUCACGAUCAUUUACCAUGAACUUUGUCCUUUGUGCCUUUUUUAAACCAUUCAAAGAGAAGCAUCACUGAUUGGAGGGAGAACAAAGAAGACAGGUUUAACACAUUUGUUUGUGUGUGUGUGUGUGUGUGUGUGUGUGUGUGUGUGUGUGUGUGUGUGUGUGUGUGUGUGUGUGUCUGACGUUUGCCCCAGCUAUAAUUGGUUCAGGCUGGGCCUGCAUAACCUGUUUGUUACUUGUUUUCAUCAAUCCACCUUGCACAUAAGGAAGUCUUCCACAUUCCUAAAAGUGCCCUGUUGUCCUGAACUUCUGAAGUGAGCGGAUGAGGCAGAAAGAAGUAAAGCAGCGAAGCGUAAGCAGUGUGCAGACAGUGACACUGUUAUGGACAGUGGGCGCAGAUGUUCGUCACAGCGGCUGGUCUUCAGUGUCUCUGCGUCUUAGGACCGCAUCUGUGCAAUAAAUAGGAUAUUCUUUUUAAAGAAGCGCUGUCAAACAAUCUUCAAAUAAGGAAGCUUUCUGUAGAGCUGACUGGGAAAUUCCAGUUCCUUUUUUGGUCAUUAUUACUGACUGGAACUAGAGUGAAGAAGAAAAUGGAUGGAGAAAUGAGGAGCAGAAGGGCACUUUCUCUGAUGUGCUUGUUUCUGACUGUGCUCCAGAUCAGCACACCUUCCUCAGCUCAAAACACAACUUUGAGUACUGCUAGCACCACCACCAAAGCUCCGAGCACUGACGCUCUCAAGUACAGCACACAACCAUCUAACAUCUCAGUGGGUGUGGGAGAGUCUGCAGUGUUUCACUGUGGCGUGCCCGAAGCGCAUCCGAACCUCACGUUCACCUUGUACGGGAGUAAUCACAACUACAGCCUCACCUGCCCAGGUGGCCAUGUGGAAGACAUCCCCCAGGCUCUCUAUGGAAGUUGUGAAAUGAAGAAUGGAGAGUCGCUUGCUGUGUGGACUCUCCUGGGAACUGCCUUCCCCAACAACGGCACAAGAGUAGUUUGUCAGCAGCUGAGUAACCCAAAAGCGCUCUCUGCUGUCCUGCAUGUUUAUGAUACUGGUGCAACCAAUGUCCUUCUCAUUGGCUGUAUCAUUGGGGGAUUCUUUGGAGUCCUGUUAGUGGCAGCUUUGUUAUACACCUUCCUGGUCAAAUCUGAGUCCUUCGAGGAAUGCUUCGGUGGGGAAGAAACUGAAGAUGAUAUGACCACUAUUGUAUCAAAGGAAUAAAAGAAGAAAUAAAAUCAAGACUUUGCAAGAUGUGACAGACUGAUAAUAGAUACUGCAACCGUUUCUAUUUUUUAACCAGGCUAACUAAAGUGAGAGCUGGACUCAGCCAAGGUCUGGAGAUAAUACUGUUGCAGAUGUUUCAAAUCAAUACUUUAGUCCUUUGUUCUGUUGGUUAAAAAGAGGAAGAGAAGCUGAAAGUGUAUAGAUAUGAAGAGACAAUCUGUUUGAUCUAUUCGCUUUAGAUGCUUUGAAUAAUUUCUUCUCCUGCGUUAAAUUAUUCGUGACCACAGGCCAAACAAAUCUUGCUUACUUACUUAAAAUUAGUGUAUGUGUGUGUGUAGAUAACAAGUAAAAUCAGGCAGACAAAGAGCAAUGAGCUCAUUUACAUCUAAAUAAGUUGUUCUCUUAGCUUGAUAAAUAACACUGGUAUUUUGUAAAAUUUUAGAGCACUUUUAUUUUGGAAAUAUUAUAAUUCUAAAUUUAUGUAGUGCAACAUCACAAAACUCACCUGUACCAAUUCUGAUUACUUAUUGAAUGGAUGAUGUGAUUUUUUUUAACAAGUGAUGCUAAUUAUAGAAAAGAAAAAAAACAGUCAUUACAAUCACAUGAUCAUUAAAAUCUAAUUAUAAUAAACACACAAGCCACUUGAACUUGAAAUUGUGAUGAUGAGUAAUUUAGUAUCACCUAUUGAUUUUGAAUCUGUAAACAUGUUUUCAUCUCAGCCGCAGGUGGAAGGAAAACGAAUGAAAUGAAGUGCAAAACAUGGAAAUGAUGGUGCACUGUAGCCAGUCGGUGCCAUGUUUUGCUAAAUGGCACUGACAUUUUUCUCUCUCUGCUCCAUUAUGACAGUAUGUUUUACACUUUUAUGCCUGCUUUUGAAGGCUUUCAGCCUGACGAUGAGCUGCUCACUAAUGGAGGAACUGCAUAUGCUUUUAACAGUAGGUUAGAUACCUGUACUUUCAGUUUGUCCACUUGAGGGAAGCACUUACUCUGAGGAAAAGCUGAUCAUCAAAGAAUGACUGUGAAUAAAAACUCUUAGUCAACAUCAUUUGCAUAUGCUAAUAAAUUAAAAGUACACUGCAGACUUUGAUGUACUGGAGCUUAUUGAAUGAAGGGAGCCUCUAUGUUUAUAUGUUGCUUUUUCCAUAAAGACAGCACAGAGCAGAGUUGCUAUUAGUUUUUACCACACAGGGUGUAUCACUCUUUAUGCUUUGUGUGAAUGUGGUUAUUUGCUGUCUAUGCAUUCUACUUUGCUGUUUAAUUUUUUCAUACAUUAAAUAUAUUUGUAUAUUUCUUUACAAAUAUCUUGGUGUCCCCCAGCUCACACUUUUCAUGAGACAUACUGAUGUUAAAAAUAAAAGCUGAGUGCACUUUA